AUGUCGCAUUUUGAAGACAUAGAAAAACCAAGUAAUGAAAGUGAUGUAGAAAUUGAUGAUAGCGAACUUGACGAAAAUGAAGACGUAUUUGCCGGACCAGAAAAGAAUCUCAUGCCGGAACUACCAUUUGAACAAGAAGUGUCUGAAAAUGAUAUUCGAUCGGUAAUAGAAAAAUUCGCACGAAAUUUUGCCGAAGUUUAUCCAUCAUCAGGACCGGCACUAUAUAUGGGACCACUCAAUGAAGCCAUGAAUCAUUCAUUAGAUGAUUCUGUCGAUCGACGUCCUUUAUUACUCUAUUUACAUCGAAAUAGUACACCAUCUACACAUUUAUUUUGUAAAAAUAUACUUUGUAACAAUGAAAUUAUCAACUAUAUUGAAAGCAAUUAUCUUGUUUGGGCAUGGGAUUGUACAAGAGAUGCUAAUUAUCAACGGUUCCUAUUGAUGUUACUUGAACAUGCUGGCCCCAAUGUUACAGCAACAGUGGUUAAAAUACCUAUUGAUGACUAUCCACAGUUAAUCUGUCUUUUAUAUGAUCAAGGUCAAAUUAAUGCUAUUAAAGUCAUUUACAAUUCUGACGACAGCACGUCUCCAGAUGAAAUAUACAUGCAUCUUCUUAACACAAGAGAACAAUUCAAUUCUCCAAUGGAGAUAGUACACAAUGAAAUUCAUAAUCUUUCUGUCGUCUUCUCUGACAGUUGGUCACCUCCACCGAGUCAAUUGCAGAUUCUCGAUCAACAAACAGAUGAAUUUCGAAAUGUUGCUAGUUAUUUUGCGGACAAUCAUUUUCGAAUUGUUCAUAUCGAACGAAUUGAAAAUAAAACAUGGCGUAAGAUAUAUAAAGAAGAGAAGAAAACAAUUGAUAAACGCCUAUGUUUCAAUCAAACUGAUUGUGUUCUUUUUCAUGGUUGUCUACGAAAAGCUUCUGAAGAAAUUUUACAACGAGGAUUCAACACAAGAAUUGUCGGUAUACAUGGCACAGACUAUGGUGACGGAUUCUACUUUUCCACGAAUCCAAUGCGUAGUUACAUGUAUGCUUUGCCUGAUCUAUCACGAUGGGGUGAACGAACAAUGCUUGUGUGCCAUGUUAUCAUUGGUAAUACGCGCCAUGACCAUUCGAUGAUGGAAACCUAUGGAAUACAAUACGAUUCAGUCACCGAUGGAUCAGAAAUUUAUGUUGUCUCUUCAAAUCGACAAAUUUUACCGGAAUAUCGUGUCACAUACAAAUAUAUUUCGUGA